GACUCGGCCUGUGGAUAAAAGCAAGCAAAAUGCCUCAGUCGCGCUCAGAGACAUAGUCAUGUUGGGCUGGAACGAGGAAGUGCAGUGGAGAGGGGAGGGACUCCGGGCGCAGCUCCAUGGGGCCGCCGCGGCGCUGCGACCUUCUGCACAUGGAGCCGGGGAGAGCUGGAAGAACUUCAUUCUGCAAACUCAAGGAAUAGCAGAGUACUUGCACCGCAUGGAGACAGAAGAGGCCCAGGAAAUGGCCCAAAUGCCAGGCAGGGACAGUCCCCCUGCCAAUGAUGCAUCUGAGGAGGCAGAGGAGCCCAUGGCCGUCCCCGAGGACCUGUCAGCCAGCUCCGCCCACCUGCACAACAACAGAGGGGACAAAGUCUGUAACAUUAAAGUUGAGGCUCGCAGUGAUGAGGAGAAUGGGCUGGCCUGUGACAUGAAUGGCGUGGAGGAGGAGGAGUGUGCGGAAGACUUGCGCGUGAUCGAUGCCUCUGGGGGCAAGGUGAACGGCUCACAGCCGAGCCACGAAGCCAAGGCCUUCUCCUCAGCCGGAGGUAUCCGGCUGCCCAACGGGAAGCUCAAGUGCGAUAUCUGUGGGAUAGUUUGCAUUGGCCCCAAUGUGUUGAUGGUGCACAAGCGAAGCCACACUGGAGAGCGGCCUUUCCAGUGCAGCCAGUGCGGCGCCUCCUUCACACAGAAGGGUAAUCUGCUGCGCCACAUCAAGCUCCAUUCAGGGGAGAAACCCUUCAAGUGUCAUCUGUGCAGCUACGCCUGUCGCAGGAGGGAUGCCCUCACUGGCCAUUUACGCACCCACUCUGUGGGAAAACCGCACAAGUGUGCUUAUUGUGGCCGGAGUUACAAGCAGCGCAGCUCUCUCGAGGAGCACAAGGAGCGCUGUCACAACUACCUCCAGUGCAUGGGGCUGCAGAGCAGCAUCUACACAGUAGUAAAGGAAGAAAGCAACCAGAAUGAGCAGAGGGAAGACUUAAGCCAGACGGGAUCUGACAGAGCCUUGGUGCUAGACAGACUAGCUAAUAAUGUAGCUAAACGUAAAAGCACUAUGCCACAGAAGUUUGUGGGUGACAAACGUCUGUCAGACCUCUCGUACGACGGAGGAGCAGGUGAGCUGAUUCAGCCCCACGUCAUCGACCAGGCCAUCAACAGUGCCAUCAACUACUUGGGGGCUGAGUCGCUGCGGCCUCUGGUCCAGACCUCCCCUGCCUCCUCUUCUGACGUGGGCCUCAGCUCCAUGUACCCUCUCCACAAGCCGGUGUCUGAGGGCCUUGUGGGGUCGGGCCACAACCUGUCAGCCAAAGACAGUGCGGCGGAGAACCUGCUACUGCUCUCCAAGUCAGCCUCCAUCGAGAAGGACGGCUCGCCCAGCCCCAGUGGCCAUGACUCCACUGACACCGAGAGCAACAAUGAGGAUCGUCCCAGCGGGGCAGCCCCCGGCCUCAUCUACCUGACCAAUCACAUCACCUCAGGGGUUAGGAACGGUGUUUUGGUGAAGGAGGAGCAGCAGAGGCAGUACGAGGCCAUCCGGGCCAGCAUUGAGAUGGCCUCUGAGGGCUUCAAGGUGAUGACGGGGGACGGUGAGCAGGUGAGGGCAUACCGGUGCGUACACUGCCGCGUUCUCUUCCUAGACCACGUCAUGUACACCAUUCACAUGGGCUGCCACGGCUUCAGAGAACCCUUUGAGUGCAACCUCUGUGGUCACCAGAGUCAAGACCGAUACGAGUUCUCCUCUCACAUAACGCGAGGGGAGCAUCGCUACUUAUCCACACACACGCCAUCGCAACUAAAUGCCUAACCCUUAACCCGACCUAAACCCUAAUUCUUACAUCACUCUUAAACUAAAUCUUUAACCCUCAAAAGGCCCUUUAAUGUUGUGAGGACAGAGCCAGUAUGUCCCCACAAAAGGUUUAAAUCGAAAUGUGUCCUCACAGCCUACUACAGACAUGAACACACACUUACACACACACACUUACACACACACACACACACACACACACACACACACACUGGUGUAUAUAUGGACAAAAUGCCAAACUCCCUUACUCAUAGACAUUCACCUGAAACAAAAGCAUAGAAAAACAUAAUGUAAAAUACACUGUUAAUGUCUGAAGGUUGUGUUUUUUUUUACACACUAUGCAUGUAUGUUUAAUAAAGAUAAAUGUACACAAUUAUGGAAAAGAACCAUUUAACUUAAUUUUAACUUUUUUUUUUCUUAAAACAUGCAAAAAAUACUUGUUAUUCAUUUGUCUUUUUUAAUGAAAUAACAUAUUGUGCAGUGAAGACGACACAGUUGAGGUACUGUGCCAUUUCCGUGCAUACAUUUAAAAUCACGUAUUUACCACAUGUAUGCAAAUGUGACUUUUCUUUUAGAAAGCCGUGCAGUGACUUUUAUCCAGUUUUAAAAUAGGUUAAAUUCCCAUUCUGUCCUUUUACAUGCCUCUGUCUGAAAUGUCAACGAAAGAUUCAACUCUGAGGAAAAUAAGCAACAAAAAAACAAUUAACAAUCAUUGUGAAUAACCUCAGAUUUCCCUCCAAACUUUCAUAAUGUUCUUGUAUUUGUAGCAACCUACAUAUUAUUUAUAUCACAUUUUUGUAUUUAUUAUAGUGAUUGUUGUUUUGUCUGUCAGUAUAGGUUUUUUUUUUUUUAAAGAAAGUUGCAUCUUUUUCUGGUCAACUGUGCUAAAUGGAUUUGAGGUGAGAACAUGACCGCUGCUGGAAGCUACUUAUGGUUCUAUCAUGAGACAAUGUUACCCUGGCCUUUUUGUUUUACGUUUUAUUUGAUUUGUUUAAGAAUUCUCUCACUCACUAAAACAAAAGUGAGGCAUUUGAAGGGAAAUUUGUGCUUGCAAAAUAUCAAUAAAGGAUAUUUUAUAUACUGUA